AUGAACUCGGCGCGUGCCGCGGCCCUCUCGAUUGCUCUGCUCUCCUUCGCCGCCUCUGCGCUCGCGCACGACCACCACGAUGAGCUGACCGAGGAGGAGAAGAACGCGCCAGUGGACACCAUCCUAUGGCUCCAUAUCUUCCUCCAGAUCGCCGUCUGGGGUGUUCUCUUCCCCACCGGCAUGGUCCUGGGCCUUUCGCGGAGUAGAUGGCACGUCCCGCUUCAGAGCGCAGGUCUUGCUCUCACUGCCGCUGGAUAUGUGCUCGGACACGCGCAUGGCGGCCGCGCCUUCCCCGCCUCGGCCCACGGCGAGAUGGCGAAUAUCCUUCUUAUCCCGCUCGCCCUUCAACUGCUUCUCGGAGUCUACCUCAAGCUCCACAUACACGAAGAAUCUCUGCGCCCUUGGGCCGUCCGUGCCCACGGUGUUGUGGGCAAGCUUUACCCCAUCUUUGGCUGGGUUCAGAUGCUCUUUGGCGCGAUCGCGUUCAGGGGGUACUGCCGUGGAGGGAACCUCGGGCAGUGUCUCGCGCACUACAUCAUGGGGGGCGGUUUCAUCGCAUAUGGCACGAUCAUGGCCAUUCUCCUUCUCGUCGGCGAGGCGUGGGUACGCCGCAGUGGUCGCAGUCCAGAUUGGUGGGAUUCCUGGGUGAUCAUGCUGUGGGGAAUCGUCAAUACGUUCACCGAGCAUCACGGCGGCGCUUGGUCAGUCAAAGACAUGCAACACACGAUCCUGGGGGUUCUCUGGUGGGCUGGCGGUCUCUUGGGAAUCUUCCUGUCCCGUAACAACCAGCGAUCCGUUGUCCCUGCUAUCAUUAUUAUCCUCACAGGAUGGGCAAUGUCCGACCAUGCACAAGCACUGAUGCUGUCGACAAAGGUACACUCGAUCUUUGGGUACACUUUGAUGUCUGCCGGCGUCACGCGCAUUAUCGAGGUCUGCUUUGUCGCCCCCAAAUACACUCAAGACUUGUCAGAGGGCGACGGUCACAGCGAGCACACCCUUGACGGUACCCACUAUGAUUCAACUCCCGCGAGCAGCACACAGAACCCCAUGCGCGCGUUCAGGCAUCUACCCCCCUUCCUCCUUGUUGCUUCUGGCUUGCUCUUCAUGUCUGGGACGGACGAGGAGAUUAAUUUCGUGCACGAAGAGGGCAUGGACCACGUUACCUACAUCCUCAUCAUGUUCAGCCUCGCAUUCAUCCUGUAUGCGCUCAUCGUCUCCUUGAUCAACCUCUACGCCAUCAGCGGCCGCAACGCCGCGUCCGCGGCCGUCCGCGACGGCGGCGCCAUCGAGCUUCGCGCGCCGACUAACAACAAGUGGUAUUCGCGCGUGCCAGCGACGCCACUCACCGCCGUCGACCGCGAAGACAACCAUCACAUCCUCGGGGACGACGAGGACUGA